AUGCUGAUCGGGUGGGCCGAUACCCGCUUCAACGAUAAUGGCGCAUCGGAAACACGGCGUGAGAAAAACGGGUUUGCGACGAUCGCCGUGCUGAUGAUCGGCGCGAUCGUUGCCGGAACGUUUCUCGGCGAUCUGUUCGACGCGCUGGGCGGCGCUGGUUUUGUGCUCGAAGCGGUGCUGGUGGCGGUUUUCUUAGCGCAGAAGUCGCUGGCCGAUCAUGUGGGUGCGGUGGCGCAAGGUCUGCGCGCCGGCGGCAUCGAUGGUGGGCGGCGCGCGGUGUCGAUGAUCGUCGGGCGCGAUCCCCACACGCUGGACGAAGCGGGCAUUUGCCGCGCCGCGGUCGAGAGCCUCGCCGAAAACGCAUCCGACGGGGUCGUCGCGCCGGCCUUCUGGUAUGCCGUGUUCGGCCUGCCCGGCCUUCUGGCGUACAAGAUGCUGAACACCGCCGACUCGAUGAUCGGCCACAAAACCGAUCGUCAUCGCGCCUUCGGCCGCGCGUCGGCACGGUUGGACGAUUUCGCCAACUGGCUGCCGGCACGGCUGACGGCGCUGCUGAUCGUCGCAGCCGGCGGAUUGGACCGGUGGCGGGACCGCAUCCGCACCGUCAUGCGCGAUGCGCGGCUGCACCGUUCGCCCAAUGCCGGGUGGCCUGAAAGUGCCAUGGCAGCCGUGAGCGGCCUCGCGCUUGGCGGACCGCGCGUUUACCGCGGCGAUAUGGCCGAUGAGCCUUUCAUGAAUGACGAGGGGCGCAAGGACACCGGGCCGGAUGACAUCGACGCGGCGCUCGGUGUCUUCUGGCGGGCGAUGACCGCGCUGACGGCGUUGGUCGGUGCGUUGGCGGUCUUGGCGGGGUGA